AUGGAAAAAAGUGAUUACGAUGCAAUGGCAAAGAAUAUCGAGGAAGAAACUUUCCAGAGGACACGGAUGAAUACUGCUUUAGGAUCACAAGGUACAUGGAGUAGACGCGAAGAUUUCCAGGAGUUUGACUCCAUAAACCUAGAGGACAAUAGAACUUCGCGGAAAAUGAGCGAAAAUUGCCGUGACAAUUACAAGACGAUCAAGUCAGACAAUACCAAAAAAGAAACAACCUUGCUGUGUGCCAAGCUUGGCAUCGUCCUUAUCUAUAUUCCACACUAUGACAUCAUGUCGGUGGAGCAUGUGAAAUCGCUUGCCAAUGGUCAUCAUGAAGCAGUUGAUCAGAUCAUCGAGGAAUCCAAUCAAUUCUUUGCCAAGUCUGCCCUACUUUCGCUGAAGCAUCCACACAACGCAAAGAGUAUGUUGGAUGAGCUGGAUAAGUUAUACUCUAAAGAUCACCUCAGAAUUGUCGGUUCAUCUGUGGUGUUUCGCUAUCAAAUGGACAAAAAUGCAUCUGGUGAACAUACGCAAGCGAAGCUGAUUUUCCCUAAUAUCGAUGUCAUCGAGUAUCUCGCUUCAGAAACGAAUCCCCAUAUACCCCUUCUUGACUUUUCCAAGUUCGAAAAUCCUGAUCAAGAGCCACAACUGAAGUUCGAUUUCAAUACUAGGUCCACCAUCGUUGACGAAACGAAGACUUUCAUUUACCUUGGAAAAUGCCGCUGUGAGUUGGAUCUCAGCAUUGUGGAUCGAAUAGCUGAUUUGUUUGAACCUCGGCCGUUUUUUGAUUUGCCAUCUUGUAGGCGCUCG